AUGAACGAAAUGGAGAAUCCGUUUGCAUCAAGAGAAAAAGGGUUUGGUUAUUCAGAUUUUCCAACGGAGCAAAUGGAUGGUUUAAGCUUUGGCAGGAAUUUGAUCUCUGACGAUAUGUUUAACUCCUCAGAGCUUACAAAUUUCGACUCUUUUGCCACGUGGUGUAAUAGCCCUUCCGCUGCUGAUAUCUUGUUUGCUCAGUAUGGUCUAUCGACCUCUCAACCUACGCCUUUUGGAGCCAUCACUUCACUCCACGCAGCUGAGCCAAAAGCUGCCACUUUCUCGGGUCUCACUCGUUCAUUCGAUGAUUUCGAAAGCUCUUACUAUGGUGAAGAAAGAUCAUCGGAACAAGAGACGAGCUCUCAGUUAAGUGGUAAACGACGCAGGGUGAGUGGUUUUCCUAACGUGCUGAGCUGUACCAUUCCAAGAUCUUUGAGUCACUCCUUAGAUGAGAAGAUGCUUAAGGCAUUAAGCUUGUUUAUAGAGUCAUCAGGCUCUGGAGAAGGCAUUUUAGCACAAGUUUGGACUCCUGUCAAGACAGGAGACCAGUACUUGCUCAGUACUUGUGAUCAGGCCUAUUUGCUUGACCCGAGGCUUUCUCAGUACCGUGAGGAGUCAAGGAAGUUCACGUUUGCUACAGAAGCAAACCAGUGUUCUUUCCCUGGUCUUCCUGGCAGAGUUUUCAUCUCCGGAGUACCUGAAUGGACGUCAAAUGUGACGUAUUACAGGACGGAUGAGUAUCUCCGUAUGAAGCAUGCAGUUGACAAUGAAGUCCGUGGCUCCAUUGCUAUACCUAUCUUGGAAGCUUCUGGGACUUCUUGUUGUGCUGUUAUGGAACUCGUCACAUCCAAGGAAAAACCGAAUUUCGAUAUGGAGAUGGACUCUGUCUGUCGUGCUCUUGAGGCUGUGAACUUACGUACGUCAGUGAUCCCUCGUCCUCAGUACCUUUCAAGUAAUCAAAGAGAUGCCUUAGCUGAAAUACAAGAUGUUCUGCGAGCAGUAUGUCAUGCACACAAGUUGCCUUUAGCUCUAGCCUGGAUUCCUUGUAUGAGAGGGAAAGAUCAAUCUUCAAGGGUUUAUGGACCGAAAUCAGGUGAUAAUUGUGUGCUUUGCAUAGAGGAGACGGCUUGUUAUGUGAAUGAUAUGGAGAUGGAAGGCUUUGUGCACGCGUGUUUGGAGCAUUGUCUUAGAGUAAAGGAAGGAAUUGUUGGCAAAGCUUUCGUAUCAAACCAGCCCUUCUUCUCUUCUGAUGUGAAGGCGUAUGACAUCAGUGAGUACCCUCUUGUUCAGCAUGCUCGAAAGUACGGUCUGAAUGCUGCUGUUGCUAUCAAGCUGAGGAGCACUUACACUGGUGAAGAUGAUUACAUACUUGAACUCUUCUUGCCUCUGAGUAUGAAAGGAAGCUUGGAACAACAGCUUCUUUUAGACAGCCUUUCGGGUACUAUGCAGAGAAUUUGUCGAACUCUGAGAACUGUAUCUGAUGCUGGAGCAACUAAGAAAGAUGCGACUAAAGAUGGAAACUUUCAGACGAUAUUGUUGGAUUCCGAGCUUUACUCCACUAGAAGCAUAUUUUUGGAUAUGUCCUCUGAUAAAGAAAGCACAGGAUCUCACGGCACUUUUGAGCAGGAUAUGAGCAAGGCUAGAACACAAGAGAAGAAGAAAAGCACAACGGAGAAAAAUGUGAGCUUAAGCGUUCUCCAACAGCAUUUUUCUGGGAGUCUAAAGGAUGCUGCAAAAAGCCUUGGUGUUUGUCCCACUACACUAAAACGGAUAUGCAGACAACAUGGGAUCAUGAGGUGGCCAUCUCGUAAGAUUAACAAAGUGAACAGGUCCUUAAGGAAAAUACAGACUGUGCUUGACUCGGUCCAGGGUGUAGACGGAGGACUCAAGUUUGACUCAGCCACGGGCGAAUUCGUUGCAGUUGGCCCUUUUAUCCAAAAAGUUGAUACCCAAAAGGGUCUAUCUUCUAAUGUAAGAGGCAAGGAGGAUAUGCCUGAAGAUAGCUCCUUCGAGCUCUUGGAUGCUAAAUCAGUCGACAAUACAGUUAAGUUAGAGGAUGAUAUUAUCACAAACGAUUCAUUCAUGGAGUUUAAUGCUAGUGGUCAGCAAUGGGCCUGGAUGGCCGAACAGUCUGGCUUCAAUGGCAGUGAAGGAGUAAAUAACAAUGGGAACUUAAGCUCUCAGGCAGUUGCAGAUGGAAAUGGCAAUAUGAUCGAACCUAACCGGUCCAUGUCAUGCAGCAUGUCAGACUCAUCUAAUGGUUCAGGCGCAGUUAUGCUUGGAAGCUCAUCUACUUCCAUGGACGACUGGAACCAAAUGAGAAGCCAGAAAAGCAAUAGCGGUGGCGAGAGUGGAUCAACAACGCUCACUGUAAAGGCCACUUAUAGAGAAGACACAAUACGUUUCAAGUUCGAGCCAUCGGUUGGAUGCUCUCAGCUCUACGAAGAAGUUGGGAAGCGGUUUAAACUGCAAGACGGGUCGUUUCAGCUGAAGUACUUGGAUGAUGAAGAAGAAUGGGUGAUGCUGGUUACAGAUUCUGAUCUCCAAGAGUGCUUGGAGAUAUUAUAUGGUAUGGGAAAAUGCACUGUGAAGUUUCUCGUUCGUGAUUUGCCUGCGCUUAUAGGUAGUUCUGGUGGCAGCAACUGUUACCUAGGAAGAAGUUUAUAA